AUGAAAUCUAAGCACGCUCGCGAGAUGAUAGAAUCCCAACAGCUUAUAAAACAGGGACUAUCACCCAAUCUAUAUAUAUAUAAUAUCCCAAAACCUGGAGAGCGUUUUGAAUAUAUAGUAGUGGAGGGGGUAUCAGAGAAAGUGGGAGAUCGCAUGAAAUAUCCAGAUGUGGUAAAGAAACUUAACAAAAAGAUAGAUAUUAAUUAUUAUCUAAAGAGCGUGGUUGGACUCUGUGCCAGAUUUAUAAAUAGUGAUAAUUGUUUUGAAUCACAACCUGAUUCUGAGUUCUUGAAAAAUAUUACAGAUUCGGAUGAACUCUGGACAGCAAAGGAUGGUCUGGCACAGAAAUCAGUUGAGAAAUGGAUAAAAAAAUAUAUCAAAGAUUUACGAGAUGGUCCUAAAAAAGAAGAAGCUAUUAUAUCCCAUUUAUGGAAAGAUGCUACUACAUACGUUCAAAAAAUAUGUCCCAGUAUUAACAAAGUUGACAUAACCAGGCCCUCAGGUAUCUCUACAAGGCAUAAUGACUACCUUAAUGCAUUAGAUAAAAUUGCAGAUUCUAUUCGUUUAAAGUUAUCAGAUCUACUUUCAAAAUUAUCUAAGCUCAAUGUAGAAUAUAGAAAUGGAUUGUACGGGUUAAUUAUGCAGGUACAAAAAUGUAUGCCUAAUAUCAUGAUUUUGGAAGAAUAUAUAUUUCGGUAUAAUCUGAAAUCAGAGUGCGAAGCAUUAAUAGAUUUCUGA